CCAGGCGCCGCUUCUUUGUGUGUCUUGAAGUCUCCUCCUCCGUAGGGUCAAGCCUGGACAUGAGGAAGGUCUCCUCACGCCUCCUGUGCUCGGUGCCGCCCGCACACUGACACCUCAGGUCUUCCUCAGAGGACACUGUCACCGGCGGCAGCGCUUGGAAGACCCCGCUCCUCCUCGGGCGGCAUUGCAUUCACAGAGCCCCUGUCACCUUCCUGGGGACUGAAUGAAACUUCCUUUUCUCAGUACUUUCCCCCAGAGCGGCUCUUCGUGAUUCUUCUUUACCACACUACACAUUGCAAAGAUUUUUAUUUUAUUAUUGGUCACAUUUUUGUUUUCUAGGCUUUCUUGUGUAGAGAACCUCCUCAGCCUGUUGCACAGGACAUUCGCAUCGUUUUGGGCUUAGGUGGAGUUGUGUUCUUUGUUGCAUAUUUCAUGUUCAGUAUUUUAUUUUAAUUUUUUUUAGCUUUAUUAUGUUUUUACUUUAGUUACCUUUUGAUAUAAAUAGCAGUAUUUUUUUUCCUGCUCAGGUGGUAAAUUUUUUACACCCUAAGUAUCUGCCGUUGCUUUAUAGCUGCCAUGUCUACGGCCGACGUGUUCCCUCCUCCGCCGGAGGUCUCUGCCGCCGCGCACGUCCCCUCUUUUCAGAAAUAUCAGGAAAUGUAUGAGAGAUCGGUGCGAGAACCCAGCGAGUUUUGGGGGGAAAUUGCAGAAGAUUUCUACUGGAGAGUGGCUCCUGCUCAGCCGCAUUUGAAAUACAACUUUGAUGUCACUAAGGGAAAGAUCUAUAUUCAAUGGAUGAAAGGAGCUGUCACCAAUAUAUGUUACAACGUCCUUGAUAGAAAUGUCCAUGAGAAGAAGCUGGGGGAUAAAGUGGCCUUUUAUUGGGAAGGAAAUGAACCAGAAGACUCAACCUCCAUCACUUAUGUCGAACUCCUGAAGAAGGUGUGCCAGUUUGCCAAUGUUUUACGUGACCAAGGUGUUAAAAAAGGAGAUUGUGUGUCCAUUUAUAUGCCUAUGGUGAUAGAGCUAGUGGUGGCAAUGCUGGCAUGUGCCCGAAUUGGAGCCAUUCACUCUAUAGUGUUUGCUGGGUUUUCUGCUGAAUCUCUGUGUGAGCGGAUAUUGGACUCUCACUGCUGUCUCCUUAUUACAGCAGAUGGGUUUUUUCGUGGUGAUAAAUUGAUUAACCUGAAACAGAUUGCUGAUGAGGCACUAAAGAAGUGUGAAGAAAAGAACUACUUCCUGAGGAAGUGCAUAGUGCUUAAACAUUUGGGGAGAGAUGAUAUCUGUGAUGGAACAAGCAAAUCCUCACCUCCAUGCAAGAGACUUUGCCAAAAUGUACAGGGAAACAAGCAGGACAGAGCAAAGCGAGCUGCACUCCAGACCACGUGGAAUCCAUCUGUGGACUUGUGGUGGCAUGAGCUUGUGAAGAAUGCCGGCACAGAGUGCGAGCCAGAGUGGUGUGAUGCUGAAGACGAGCUGUUCAUCCUUUACACCAGUGGGUCUACCGGCAAGCCCAAGGGAGUUGUCCACACUGUGGGAGGUUACAUGAUCUUCACUGCCACCACGUUCAAGUAUGUGUUUGAUUACCAUCAUGAUGAUAUAUACUGGUGCACUGCUGACAUUGGAUGGAUUACCGGACACUCCUACCUGGCCUAUGGGCCACUUGCCAAUGGGGCAACCAGUGUCAUGUUUGAAGGUCUUCCCAUAUACCCAGACAUUUCCCGCAUGUGGCAGAUCAUUGAUAAGUACAGUGUAACCAAAUUCUACACCGCACCAACAGCAAUCCGCUUGCUGAUGAAGUUCGGAGAUGAGCCAGUUAAAAGGUACAGUAGAAAAUCCCUGAAGAUUUUGGGAACAGUUGGAGAGCCAAUUAAUCCUGAAGCUUGGCUUUGGUAUUACAAUGUGGUAGGAGAGAAGAGAUGUCCAAUUGUGGAUACAUUUUGGCAGACAGAAACGGGGGGUCAUGUGUUAACUCCACUUCCAGGUGCAACAGCCACCAAGCCUGGCUCAGCAACCUUUCCAUUUUUUGGAGUAGUUCCUGCCAUCUUGAAUGAGUCUGGGGAGGAAUUGGAAGGAGAAACUGAAGGUUAUCUGGUAUUUAAACAACCCUGGCCUGCACUCAUGCGCACUGUUUACAGGAACCAUGAACGGUUUGAGACAACCUACUUCAAGAAGUUUCCUGGAUAUUAUGUCACGGGAGAUGGUUGUAGAAGAGACAAAGAUGGUUAUUAUUGGAUUACUGGGAGGAUUGAUGACAUGCUUAAUGUGUCUGGUCACUUGCUGAGCACAGCAGAGGUGGAGUCCGCACUUGUUGAACACUCUUCUGUAGCUGAGGCUGCAGCCGUAAGUCAUCCACACCCUGUGAAGGGAGAAUGUCUGUAUUGCUUUGUCACUCUGCGUGAUGGACAGGAGUUCACUAGCUCGCUAACUGAUCAACUCAAGAAACUAGUAAGAGAAAAGAUUGGACCAAUUGCCACUCCAGAUUAUAUCCAGAAUGCCCCUGGACUGCCUAAAACACGCUCAGGUAAAAUAAUGAGACGAGUGUUAAGAAAAAUUGCCAGAAACGAUCGAGAACUGGGAGACACGUCAACCCUUGCAGACACAACAGUCAUACAUCAACUGUUUGAGAAUCGAUGUAAAACUAUUCACUAGGACAUAAACAUGAAUUCUAUAAAGGGAAAUCUAAUGAUAAUCCCAGGGAUGAGUUACCGUAAUGCCUCCUGGGUGUUGCAGCCAUAUAAUCAUUUGGGUGUUGAUAAGGGAUAUCGUGUGUGUAUAUUUUGUGUUUCAUGACUGGCAUUUUAUUUUUUUACUAGUAUAUGUUAAGUAGUUUCCAUGCUACAAUCUGUAACCUCAAAGCUUGAUGUACUGGAUUAGUCUAUGAUGAAUCAGAAUGAAUAUGUGGGCUCUGAAGAAAACUGGUUAUACACAUUGGUGAACUAUGCAAGUAUGCAUGAAAUUAUUCCAUGGGAUUACAGAGGACGUACCUGGUCUCCUGAUAUGUUUGAGUACUUAUUUAUAUGCCUUAUAAAAUAACACAUCUGGACCAUCUUUUCUUGAAACGGUCAGUCCUCUGUUAUUCCUCCUGGAAAAGUAUGGAUAAAUCAGCAACUGGAUUUUACUAUUCCCCUUAAUACAGUAAGGUGUGUGUACAGAUAACAAGCUAUUUACAAGAGGAAUGGUAAUACCUAGUCUUCAUUUUUCUUCAUACAGCAGCAGAAAUGAUGGUGGAAUGGCAAAAUGAAGGAUACCUAAAAAAAAAAAAUAUAUGAUGCUCCAGAAUUGUUAUUUUAUGGAAUUGUGGCAUAUUUAAAACAGGAAAAGGGACAGGUCCUUUUUAAAGGGUUAUUUCCAGUAUCUGUUAUGCCAUAAAAAACAGACAGGUCACACCUUGAAGACCUGCACCUGUGGAGAACAGGGUCCCCUGUCCUACCUGGAUAGGCAGCCUGCCUCCGGAUAUGCUCUAAAUGUCAGAGUUCGGAAUACAGAUUUCUCUGGGUUCUAGUUUUUACAGUGAGCACUUCCAUGACAAAUGAUUUUGAUGUGACCAUUUCAGUUUUAUGGAACCAUAGGACAGAUAUUUUCGUAUAAGAGGGCAACAGACAAUGGGGCUUUUAACAUGACCGCUUUAAUAGCCAAGAAAUAGGACAUGCCAUUUUAUACCACCAAACGGACCCUAUUGAAAUCAAUGGAACUAUUUUUAAUGGCCGUUAGACAGGAGUGCACCCAUUGUGGCCGUUAACAACAGGUAAACUAGUGGAAAAUGGCCUUUUAGGGGGUGAAAUAAAAUAAAAAAUUAUUCACCUCAUCUACUUGCACUCACAGAGUCCGUCGCUCCUAUCUUGAUGCAGUAGGACCUGUGCUUUCAGCAUGAUGAUGUCACCAUGCUCUCUCAGCAUGAUCGCCGGGAGCGUGUGGUGAUGUCAUCACCCUGGGAGCGCAGGUCCUUAAGAAAACUCAUCAGGACAUACAUAUACAUUAGUAUAUUGAUUUCUUAAGAGAAAACCCAUACUUACACCUUUGCAUGGUUCUGUUAUUCAUGCUUUGUUUACAUGCUGCAGCAAAGCUGUGGGGGCGUGUACCAGCAAUGCCCGAGCUCUCCCUCAUGAAUAUUUGUGGGUGUGAAUCAUCUGCCCUGCCCCUCCCCCUGCUCUGCAUAACCUAUAUAUAUGUAUAUAGAGAUAUAUAUUUACCGAUCUGUAUCUCUAUAUACAUAUAAAGAUGAAAUAUAUAUAUAUAUAUAUUGAUCAAUAUCAGAUGGGCCCCCUUUAAUCCAGGUUGCCCCCUUCAUUGUGCCCUGAGUUACCACCGGCAUAUAAACACCGGAGUCUUCACUGGCCUGUGGGGUAAUAGCAAUUUGCAGUCCCGAGCUUUUGUUACAGGACAUUGUAUUUUCACAUGGCUGCCGGCACUGGUAAGGAUUGCACAUGCGCCAUCCCUCACAGGAGCCGCGGCAGCCAGAGGAGGGAGAGGGGCGGGCACACAGGCUCUGACGUUUCGUGUACAGAGCCAGGCCACCACUCCCUUAGGCAGGGAUAAAGCCUGUACAAGAAACGUCACCACAGGGAGCCUGGUGGAUGACGUCACUGGUCACGUGAUCUGCAUCAGCGCCGCAGAAACAAGAUAAUAUAGAUAAAAGAACUACAUUAGAAAGGUACUAUUAGAUAGGUUUAAAGGCAUAUGGGAAUAUAUUUAUAUAACUCAGACAACACAUUUAAAGGCUAUGUACACCUUUUAGAGGCAAUUUUUUUAUGCAUUUUACUUAUUUUGGGAUAAGGGGCAGAGAGAAAUUUCAUAUCCUGCUACUAGAAAAAUUCAGCCUGUACAGAAAAAGGGCUCCGUCUUAAAGACCAAUUUAAAAAGUACAAUUCAAUCAUAAAAAAAAAUUGCCCCCAAAGGUGUACAUAGCCUUUAAGCAUCAAGAGAGAAGCAACUGCCUCUGCCUCUGCAUGUGUAAGUGGAUGAGGGGAGUAAUUUUUUUUUUUUUUUUCGACUUUAAAAAAACCCUGCACAUUAUUACUGCUGGGGGUCACUAUGGGGGGCAUUAUGGAUUUAAAUUAGAAAAAAUAUAUAUGAAAAUCAUCUAUUUUUAAUGGCUGUUAAAAACAGAUGCAAAGCAGCCUUUUUAAAAUAGACAGACAGUAAAUAGAUGCAAAAAUGAUUGAAAAAUGGCGAUGAAAAACACCGAUCAGUUGUUUGAAGAGGAAGCAGUGCUCCAUGCUAGCGCUACUUUCUCUUCAUUACAUUGCCGAUCAUCUCGGAAACAGUGUAAUGAUAGGUACACGCUCCUCCAUUCACUUAAAUGGAGCAAGCAUUUGUGAUUACACUUUACUACCGCUCCAUAGGAGACAACGCGCAGUAUAAUAAUGGCCAGGAAGAAGCGCUCCGCUGAUCGGCGGAGGUGCUGGGUGACACACCCCAACCAAUCGGAUAUUGAUUAUAAAUUGCUGCACAACCCCUUAAGUAUAUUGCUUUCUCUCUGGCGAGCUGCUACUUCCACUGCAGAAGCAUGAAAUGAAGGAUUCGUCUGGGUUUGAACACCACUAAUAAGCUCUCAACCACAGAUUUUAGAUUUGUAUGUAGGGCAUAGUCAUGUAAUACUAUAUGCAUAUAAUAGGGGACCUUCUGACGUCCCCCAUAAAAACAGAAAUAAAAUAGACAUCCAAGACUUUAAAUGGAAGCUGGGCCUAGCAUUCCAGUACCUAGCAGGUUUUAAUUUUGUUUAGAAUAUAGCUUGGCACUUAUCUGGGAACUCCUAAAGACUGUAUUCAUUGCAGGCAUUGGUUGCCAGCUUUAAUGUGCAUGUGUUUAAAGGUUAAAUGUGUUGAGAUCUAUUUCCACUGGUGACUAUUUUACCUCUGUUAAUAGAGUUUUCACAGAAUAGGGUAAAAAAAAAAUAAAGUUUCCCUCUUGCACGGUUUGCAUACAAGAGGGUCAAAGUACAUCUAUCUGCUGCAUUAGGGCUCGUUCACACAAACGUAUACAAAACCAUUCCUUUCAAUGGUUCCACAAAAAAAACUAAAUGUACUCCGUAUGCAUUCCGUUUCUGUUCCGUUAAAGGAUAGAACAUGUCCUAUU